AUGGCACCAAAAUCAAAGCUUAGGACCUCAAUACAGCCUCCACCAGGACCCAGCGCAAAACUAGUACUCCCACUCGAAGACACUAGCACCAACACCAACCCCACUAUCUUCAACGAUGCAAUGAUGAUUCGAAAGGCCGUCUUUAUCGACGAGCAGCACUGCGCUGCGGAUUCCGAGAUCGACAGCGACGAUGCCCGCAGCUGGCACUGGGUACUAUACGACAACUCCACCGCAACCUCCACGCCUGUGGGGGUGAUCCGCCUGGUACCUCCACCACAGGCGCCUCACACCCAUCUCACGGAACCACAAACGGCAGUUGGGCAGGGAGCUCUUGAAUACGACUGGGCACACGAACCCUGUAUCAAGCUGACGCGGGUGGCGAUCGUGCCGUCGUUCCGCGGCCUCGGACUUGGGCGACUAUUGGUGGAGACGGCAUUGGAGUGGGCGGCUGUGCAUGCGGCAGAUAUAGACGAGGCUGUGGCGCACACUGCUGCGAGAGUCCAGUCAUCUGUUACUCCGAUCCCGUGGCAGGGUCUGGUCCUUGUACAUGCUCAGGUGGAUGUGGAAGGCAUGUAUGCUGGGCUUGGAUUUGAAACGGAUCAGUCGCUAGGUCGGUGGGACGAGGAAGGAAUUGAGCAUGUGGGUAUGUUUCGGCGGGUGGUUCUGGAUAAAUAG